AUGGAGAGCGACGAUGGCGCGAAGGACUCUGCUCUUGCCGAGUCUGACCUCGAAGCAGCGGUUGAGGCAGCUGGCGACGCCGUGGUGGAAGGGGACGAACAGCCUCCGCCAUUCAUUCUUCUCAGUCAGAACUUCUACAGAUCUCGCCGGCCGAAGCAGGUGAAGAACGAUGACGUGGCGGUGUGUGAGUGCGAGCCCCCCGCGCCCUCCUCAGGCGCGGUGGGGUGCCACGUGGACUCGUGUCUCAACGCGCUGCUCUGCACCGAGUGUACCCCGGGCUUCUGCCCCUGCGGGGACGCCUGUCAGAACCAGCGAUUCCAGCGCUGUGAGCAUGCGCGCACAGUUGUGAAGAAGGUCAAGGGUCGAGGCUGGGGCCUUGUGGCUGCGGAGCCCAUCAAGGCAGGGCAGUUUGUGAUAGAGUACUGUGGGGAGGUCGUACCGAACAAGGAAGCGCAGAGGCGCCAUGCUGCGUACCUAGCUGCAGGUGAGAAGAACGUGUAUCUCCUGAAGCUGAACGCGAGGGAGGUCAUCGACCCCACUAAGAUGGGCGCUGCUGCCAGAUUCGUCAACCACUCCUGCGAUCCCAACUGUGAGACGCGCAAGUGGACGGUGUUGGGGGAGAUCCGAGUGGGCAUAUUCGCGCGCAAGGACAUCGAGCCGGGCUGUGAGCUCACAUACGAUUAUGACUACGAGUGGUACGGGGGCGACAAGGUCAAGUGCCGCUGCGGGGCCGCUGCCUGUGUUGGAUUUCUUGGAGCCAAGUCUCGGGCCUUUCAGGAAGAUACAUACCUCUGGGUGGACGACGACGGUCGCUUUGAAGUGGAGGACGUGCCUCUGUAUGAUUCAAGUUCAGAGGAGAGCGAGUAUGAUGACGAGGAGGAGGAAGAGGAGGGAGAGGAGGAAGAAGAAGGAGAAGAGGAGCAGGAUCGGGAGGAAGGAGACAGGCAGGAGGGUGAAGAGAAAGAGGGGAUCGGUGGUAGGGAGAGGGGAGAAGGGGCCGAGGAGGCUGGGAAAGAGGGGAAAGUGGAGGGGAAGGGGAUGAGGAAAGCAGAGCUCUCAGACAGAAAAGGGGGAGGUCGGAAAGUGGGGAAGGGCGGGAGUAAGGAUGGGGAUGCGGAAGGGAACGCAAAGGCAGGAGAGGAGCAGGAGGAGCAGGAGGAGGAGGAGGAGGAGGAGGUUUGGGUUUCGCGAGGAGGAGAAGGAGAGGGGUAUGGAGCAGAGGAGUGGCAGGAGUGGAUUGAGAACGAUUCUGAGGGGUGGGAGGAGGAACUGGAGGAGGAGGGGGGUUCGGUUGCUGACUUGACACAAGAUGGGGAUGAGGAGGAGGGAGGAGAAGGUGUAGGGAAUGGUGGCAUGGGACGGAGCAAACCAUCACCAUCUGGUGUGGGACUCUAUCACCCCGAAUCCUCUCGACCGAUCCCUCCUUCCUCCGUCCGCCCACCUCCUCUCACUGCAGCUGCCGCUGCUGGUUCUCCCAACGCUGCAGCCCACAAACCAAAGCCGAAGCCUCGACCCGCCCCUGCAUGCCCGCCUCUCUCCCCUCGCUCCCGCUCCUGCGCCCUCAUCCCGCCGUCUGCCUGUAGCCCCUGCCUCGCGCCCUACCUCCCUCCCCCCAGCGUGCUCCUUCUCAGGGAAGCGACUAACCAUGCCGCUAGGUCCCGAGCAGGGCAGAUGAUACCUGAUUUGCUGACUAUGGAUUUUGGGGAGGGGGGCGGUGCAGGGGUGGGGAGGAGUGCGGGUGGGGAGGGCGGUGCGGAUGGGUUCGGUGGAGUGCUUGGGUUUGGGGUGCGGAGGAGGAGGGCUGGGAGGGGAGUGUACUUACGGCCUAUUGAGAAGGCACUGAAGCGGGGGGAUGUGGAGAUGUUGUUUGGGAGGGGCAAGGAGGGGGACGAAGAGGCGGAAAGGGAAGAGGAGAAGAGAAAGCAAGUGCUGGAUUUACUGGAAUCAGCCCAGGAGCAGGAGUCAGCCUUCUUUGCUCUCAAGCCCCAGGCUUCCCAGCUAUCAUCAGCAGCAGCAGCCCCGCCUGGAGCCGCCUCGCGUGCCAUCAACGAGCAGCUGAUAAGAGCGCACUGCAGCAGGCUGCUAGCCUCGUUCAAGCUCAGCGCCAGUGUCCUUUCACUUGGUGCGAGUGCUGCGGCUCUUCCUGCCGCUGCCCCUGCUAGUACUGCUGCUCCUGCUGAUGCUGCUGGUGCCGAUUGUGCUUGUGGUGGUGGUGGUGCUGCUGCUGUUGCUGCUACUGCUGUUGCUGCUGCUGCCGCUGCUGCUGCUGUUGCUGCUGCUGCUGCUUCUCACGGUUAA